AUGUCGAUACCGGGAUUAGGCCAGAUCCCGCCGACACAGGCUCUCCCGACCGCAGCCACCUCGUCGACCGCCUCGCCCACCCGGACACAGACUCUCGAGCCCUUCUGGGAGUACCGCUUCGAGGUUCCGCACGGCUCAACCCUCGACAUCAAGCUGGUUUCCGGCACCGCUGAGAGGGACGGCACCGAACUUGGCCCCAACAUACCUUACACGUUUACGGCAACCAAGUCCAAGAUCAACACUUGGCAUGGCUGUACGCUCGAGAUAUCCUCCCCCACCGGGAAUUACGAUGCCUAUACCUCGGAGCCGACGGCAGACGAGACCCCGAUGGUCAGCUACCUAAAUCUACAUUUCAAGCUCGAGGCCCUGCGCGCCGCAGCCGAGAGGACGGGAGAGAUGGGGCCGCGAGUUUUGGUUGUCGGUCCACCCAACGCCGGCAAGACGAGCUUGGUGAAGAUGCUUACGGGAUGGGCCACGCGUAUGGGCCGCCAGCCUCUCGUGGUCAACACGGAUUGCCGCGAAGGGAUGCUCGCUCUGCCGGGGUCGCUGAGCGCUGCCGUAUUCGCCACUAUUAUCGACGUUACAACGGACUGGGGCACGACGCCGAGUAGCGGGCCAAGCGCCAUACCUGUUAAGCUCCCGCUCGCAUACCAUUACGGCCUCGGGCAGGUAGAAGAUAACCCGCGGCUUUUCAAGAGGUUGCUGAGUAGGUUAGCUGUAACGGCUACCUCGCGUCUCUCCGAGGACCCGGACGUGAAGGCGUCAGGGAUGUUGAUAGACACGGGCGGGGUCAAUGUUUCAAAAGGAAGCCAUGACUAUCUAUCACACAUAGUUGCCGAAUUCUCCGUCAACAUCGUGCUCGUUAUCGGCUCUGAACGUCUAAGCAGUGAGAUGUUGAAGAAAUUUACCGGGCAAAAAACCAGUCUCGGCGAAUCCAUUACCGUAGUUAGCUUGGACAAAUCCGGCGGCGUCGUGGAGAGGGACCAGUCAUUUUUGCAGCAAGCACGAGAGGCUACGAUUAAGGAGUACUUCUUCGGCAGCACUGUGCUUACAUUGAGCCCCUUCACCCAGCAACUCGACUUCGCGGCUCUAUCGAUAUGGAGGGUGAGCGAAGGGUCGAUGUCAGCGGCACCCGAGGACGAUAUAUACAGUGACGCGAUGAUUGAGAAAGUCGAGCCGUCGCUCAUGAUGCAAAAUUGCAUCCUGGCAGUUCUAUACGCAUCGAUUCAUGACCCGGCAGACACCAUCCGCGAUUCAAACGUAAUGGGUUACGCAUACGUCGCAGACGUCGAUGAGAAGCGGAGGAAGCUGAAGAUCCUGGCACCUGUUAAUGCCCGGUUAGGAGACAGACCUCUACUCUGGGGGAGCUGGCCGGAACCGAUGGUCAGCUUGCUAGGCUAA